AGAGAAGAGAGAGAAAGCAAAAACACACCUUAUUGACUGUGACUUUUCUGUGUAGGCUGGGAGCCUCCUCUUAUAUUAAUUCAACUCCCGUUCUCAGCUGCUACUUCAUUUUCUAGCUUGUCUAUAAAAAUUCUCUCCUCACCUUUUCUGCCAAAGCAUCUCCCCUCCUGCUUCUGCUCAUUGCUGACAAUUUCACCUAGGAUUCAGCAAAAUUUGCUGUUUCAAGAAAGCUCUCUUCCUCAUUGUAGUUGGUUUCCUGACCCAGAUGGGGAGGCAUUCUUGCUGUUACAAACAGAAAUUAAGGAAAGGCCUAUGGUCACCUGAGGAAGAUGAAAAGUUGCUCAGGCACAUCACCAAGUAUGGCCAUGGCUGCUGGAGCUCUGUCCCUAAGCAAGCAGGUCUGCAGAGGUGUGGAAAAAGUUGCAGAUUGAGGUGGAUUAAUUACCUGAGGCCGGAUUUGAAGAGAGGCACAUUCUCACAGGAAGAAGAAGACCUCAUAAUUGAACUUCAUGCACUUCUGGGGAAUAGGUGGUCCCAAAUCGCUUCACAAUUGCCUGGAAGAACUGAUAAUGAAAUUAAAAAUCUUUGGAAUUCUUGCUUGAAGAAAAAGCUCAGGCAGAAAGGCAUUGACCCUGUCACCCACAAACCCCUAUCCGAGGUUGAGGAUGGAGAAGACAAGAAUCAACAGAGUAACAGCGGAAACAAGAAUUCUGGGGCAUCCAGUGAAUUGAAACUCAAUGUUGAGAAUCCAAAAUCUGGACCAGGUCUGCUUAAGCAACAGCAAAAUUCAGCUGCUGCACAGAGCUAUCAGCAAGGAAUGGAAUGUUCUCCAAGCACCAAGACAAUGAACAGUGGCAACAGCAGUAACUUAAUUGCUUCCUCAACCGGGAAAAACUUCUUACCGGACAGAUUUGCCACCACAGCCGCCAACAGGCAGCCUCCGGAGUUCGUGGGGCGUCUUCCCAUUCCACAAUUGAAUUAUGCAUCCAGUGCCAGGAUCCCAACAACAACCUCAAGCCCCAAUCCCUGGUUUACUCAAACCAGCAAAGCUUUCGAUAUCAAUCCUGAAUUCUCUUCCAAUGCAAUAUCUACCCUUCUUCCGUCAUUGAGCGGCCCUUACAUUUCUGCUGCUCCUAUGGGAUUCAAGCCUUCUAUCACUGUCCCUUCUGAAAAUCCUUCAAUAGCCUCUCUUACAGUUACUGGAUCCCGCUACUGGGAACCCAGUCCUGCCUCCAACAACAACAGUAACAACAGCAGCAGUGGCAGCAGCGGUGCAGAGUUGCAAAGCAACAGCUCCUUCUUUGAAAACAGCAGCUUCUCUUGGGGAUUGACUGAUUGCUGCACAUCAGACAAAGAGGCCCAAAUUCAACUCAUGGAAAGCCAACCAGAAGAAGUAAAGUGGCCUGAAUAUUUCAAUAAUCCUCUAGUAAUGGCUGCCCCUUUACAAAAUCAGACUCCACAGUCCUUAUACAACGAGGUAAAAACAGAAACACAUUUCUUCCCACAUGGUUCAAACAGCAUGUGGCCUCAUAACCAACAACAGCAAGAACCAUUACAGAAUCCCGACAUAUGUGCUAAGGAUAUCCAGAGACUUAUAUCUACAUAUGGGCAUAUUUAGCUUUGCAUUGAUGAACAUUAAGGGGCUUGAACAAUGGCAGGUGUGUGCCACAAUUUUUUUUUUUUCCUUCUUUUUCCUUUUCCUCUCUUUGUAUAUAGGUCUGAUACAAACAUUUAUCACCUCUGCUUGGACUAUUUGUGAGCAAAAACAUCUUGUUAUAUUAACUCUUUCAUCUUGAGUGUGGGGUAGAAGUGCAGAAUAAGGGUUGUUUUCAAUGUCUUUUGCCUGUUCUUGCUCAUUGCAUUAUUUGCAUAUCGGCCAUAUAUCAUCAGCAGGGUGAAGAUGCAAAACAAUCAGAAGGAAAAAAGAAAAAUUUUGUUAUUCA